AUGUGGGAGCUGCGUUCCUUAGCCUUCUCUCGGGCUGUCUGUGCAGAGUUCUUGGCCACACUCCUCUUCGUCUUCUUUGGCCUGGGGUCAGCCCUCGACUGGCCUCAUGCUCAGCCCUCUGUCCUGCAGAUCUCUCUUGCCUUUGGUCUGGCCAUUGGCACCCUGGUGCAAACCUUGGGCCAUGUGAGCGGAGCCCACAUUAACCCAGCUGUGACUGUAGCCUGUCUGGUGGGCUGCCACGUCUCCUUCCUCCGAGCUACCUUCUACGUGGCUGCCCAGAUCCUGGGGGCUGUAGCUGGGGCUGCCCUUCUCCAUGAGCUCACUCCACCUGACAUCAGGGGAAAUCUAGCCAUCAAUGCGCUCAGUAACAAUACAACUGCUGGCCAAGCUGUCACCAUGGAGCUCUUCUUGACCCUGCAACUGGUCCUCUGUAUUUUUGCCUCCACUGACGACCGUCGAGAGGACAACAUUGGCUCUCCAGCCCUCUCCAUCGGCUUCUCGGUGGCCUUGGGCCACUUGCUGGGAAUCCACUAUACUGGCUGUUCCAUGAAUCCAGCCCGUUCUCUGGGCCCUGCGGUUGUCGUGGGCAAGUUUGAUGACCACUGGAUCUUCUGGAUUGGACCUCUGGUUGGUGCCAUCCUAGGCUCACUCAUCUACAACUACCUCCUAUUCCCACAUGCUAAAAGCCUCUCAGAAAGGCUGGCCACUCUGAAGGGGAAAGAGCCAGAGGCAGACUGGGAGGAAAGGGAAGUGAGGAGGAGGCAAUCUGUGGAACUCCACUCCCCCCAGAGCCUGCCUCGAGGCAGCAAAGCCUGA